AUGGCGCACCACGAGGACGAUCACAGCUACCAUGCCAAGGAUGCCAUCUCGGCAGCCAUGAAGGCGACCAUGCUCACUGGUGGAGUUGGUCUGUUCGCAUCGGCCGUGCAAAACACCCUCACCCGACAGAACGUCGGACCUCUGGGCAUCUUCAUCCGUGGUGGAGGUACCAUUGGUGUCUUCGCCGCCAUGGGUGGUACCUACGAGUUCGUUAAGACCGCCUCCGCCAACCUGCGCGAGAAGGAGGACCACUACAACACCGCCCUCGGUGGCUUCUUCUCUGGCGCUAUCCUUGGACUGCGUGUCCGCACAUUCCCCGCUCUGCUCGGAUACGGCCUUGCUCUGUCCACCGCCAUGACUGCCUUCGAGUACACCGGUGGCAGCCUCUUCGGAUACCAGAAGGACACAUCUGUCGAUGAGUUCGACCGCCGCACAGCCCUGCGCAAGGCAUUCCAGACCCCCGGCGAGCAGACCAUCGCCGAAUUGGGCGAGGGACGCGGUAUCUACGGCCCCGGCUACGAGGAGAGACGCCGCGAGCGCAUCAAGGAUGCUUACGGCAUUGAGGUUCCCACAUCCCCAGUUCCUGCAUCAUAA